UUUUAAAACUGAUUUGAUCUGUUGAUAGUUGCCAUGAGCACCACUGGUUAAUGCGGAAACAUGGAAUCUCAGUGGGGAUAGGCUGAAAGGUUGAUGAUGGCUAGGGGAGGGAAAGGGGAGAGGGCGCUUUUAACGUGCUGCAGCAAUGACUAUCUCGGCAUAUAUUCAGUAUUCUUUCUGUCAAAGACAGGUGGAGUUUGCGUUCAUGAUUUGCUAGCCGCUUUAUUUGGUCGCGAUUGUGCCUAGUAUUUCGGGAAACUCGCGACCAACUGUGUUGCGAAUUCGGUAGUAUAGUUUUACAAAGCGUGUACAGAAUAAAAGGACAAAGUGAAAAAUAAGAUGUUCUUAAGAAUUAUUCGAGUUUCUUUGUCAUGAAGUUACGGUUUACUCGAAAAUGCGGUAUUUGAGUUUUUUGAUCUGAAUAGGAUCUGUAACCGGAUUUAUAUCACAGUGUUUUUAAAUUGUUUUUAGAAUAGCCGAACAAAUAAUAAGAAAAUCACGUGAUAAGGAAAUAGUCUAUUAUAAUAAAACGAUAUAGAUAAUAAAAGUAAAACGAAAUAAAACAGAAUUCACUUUCUACAAAUAUCAAUGAAUCAUCAGUUGAUCAUUAUCGUUAUUGACAUUCUAGAUUCUAAAAUUCACUUGUGAAGUUAAAACAAGAGACAAAAAUUGUGUGACACUUUGCUAGUUAAACGUGUUAUCAUCCUUAUAAAUAGUGUAUUCGUACUAAGUGUAAAAUACAAUACAUCGGAAACAGCUGUCGAAGAUUUGAAAGGAAGCACUGAAAUACCAAUGAAUUAUUGAUAACGUGUGAAAAAGUAAGGUAAUUGCGUUAAAAAUCUAGAAACGAUGUACUUAUUUUGAGAUAUGAAACUAAUAAAAAAAAACUAAUUAAACGUGCAUAUUUCUGACAAAAGUGUGCCAACCGAGUAAGAUAAUGUACGAAACAAUUUUUAACUCAAAGAGCGAAGAAACGUGAUAAACUAAAAUUACUUGAGAUUUGGAUCGAAAUAUUCCGAUUACUUACGUCGAUCGGAAAGAAUGGUGGUUUUCGAUGCCAUCUCUUUCGAGCAUCGAGAGCAGCGCACAGUGUAACAGGUAAAUUGGAUCGAAAGUGAGCAGCCGUUUCAUCGAGUAACGCUGUUUUCGCUGUCAUGCAAUUGCCACGAAAUUACGUAAUUGAACAACAGAGGACGAAAGAGGGACGAAGACGAAGUGUGUGAAAAGCGUAUUGAGAAUGACCUUCGAAAUCUUCUCGACUGUCCGUCCAUCGAGAGGGAAGAGAGUUCGGUCGAGCACGAUUUAUUAAUCCUAUCUAUAUCUAUAUCCGUGAUUGUUUCAAAGCCGGGGAAGAAUCGAAGUAAAGGAUGUGGUGCGGGAACAGAUGAUCCUAGCGAGGCAAUAUUAUUCUGGCAAGAGCAUCGAGAUUUUUUAAAGCGAUUAUAGUUGGUUAUGCCGUGUCUCUCAGCGCAGCAGGUGUACCGUGAGAGAUGACAGUCACUUACACUGCUGAAGUCGCUACCUGCAAAGGUCUCGGUUGCUUUCUAAAAUUACUCCUAAGAUGGCGAGCCAGCAUAUACAAGCUGGUCUGGCUGGACCUCGCCCUCUUCCUCUUCAUAUAUUAUUCGCUCUCGAGUAUCUACCGAUUGAUACUGGACGACGAGCAGAAGAAGAUCUUCGAGGCCAUAGUGACAUACUGCAAGGAGUACAGCGACCUGAUUCCUUUAUCUUUCGUCCUGGGCUUCUACGUUAGUAUCGUGAUGACCAGAUGGUGGAACCAGUAUAUGGUGAUACCGUGGCCGGACUCGAUCGCCGUUUUCGUAUCGGCCACUAUACACGGGAACGACGAGAGGGGUCGAUUGAUGCGUCGAACCAUCGUCAGAUACGUGUGCGUCUGUUUGACGCUGGUGCUUGCGAUGGUUUCGCCACGGGUGAAGAAACGUUUUCCCACGUUGGAGCACUUCGUGGAGACUGGCUUGCUGCUGGAGAACGAAUUGGUCAUAUUCCAAAGUCUGAACGCCAAGUUUCCCAAGCCUAGCAAGCAUUGGCUGCCAAUAGUAUGGGCGUCGAGUAUCGUGACGCGUGCGAGGAAAGAGGGUCGGAUACGCGACGACUUCGCCGUGAAAACGUUGAUAGACGAGUUGAACAAAUUUCGCGGCCUCUGCGGUAGCCUCAUGCACUACGAUACGAUCAGUGUUCCUCUGGUUUACACCCAGGUGGUUACGUUGGCUGUGUACACGUAUUUCUUGACGAGCGUGAUGGGUCGUCAAUGGGUUCAGAAUUCAUCCACGUCCACGAUCGAUCUCUAUUUCCCGGUAUUCACGACCCUCCAAUUCUUUUUUUACAUGGGCUGGUUGAAAGUGGCCGAGACGUUGAUCAAUCCAUUCGGCGAGGAUGACGACGAUUUCGAAGUGAACUGGAUAAUCGAUAGAAAUUUACAAGUUAGCUACCUUAUCGUUGACGAGAUGCAUCACGAGCAUCCAGAAUUAAUCCGCGACCAGUAUUGGGACGAGAUAUUUCCUACCGAGCUGCCGUAUACAGCGGCGGCUCAAGCUUUCCGCGAGGAACAUCCGCAACCCUCGACGGCCGGCAUUCAAUUGUCAGCGGCGCAGCAAGAGCUUCAACCGUCCACUGCGAGGAUCGACGACAUGGCGGCGGAUUUCCCGCAAAAGUUCCGUAGCGAUGUGGCAGACGACGCCGAGUCCGGUAUACACUUUACAGCUACCGGGAAAAUGUCAAGGAGCGCUACCGAAAGUGGUAAAAUAGCAAGAAGUGCGAGCAGAGUGAGCACUCGUGAUCGCACCCUGAGCGGGGGCUCAACACCAAGCAUCAUAGGGGAUUCUUUGACGAGAGUGAACAGCGUGACCAGCGUGCUGAAACGUUUAUUCAGCAAGGAUGACAGGCCGGACGGUGGUACGUCGAGCGGUACCAAAACACCUGGCAGGCUGGCUACCUCCAGUUCUGCCGCCUCGUUGCAAAAUCGGAUUGUUGCGGGGGGAGGGUCGAUGAGGAUCGGGGUGAUCAAGGAGGAAGCGGACGAGCAGAUGACAUUGGUGUCGAUGAAGUCGCAGGACAAGAAGCCGCACGUGCAGAGCAUAUUUUCACCAGGGCCACCGCCACCCAGCGCCCCCGUCGCUGUCCCCGGCAUGGAACACUCGCGAAACGGCGAGAUAUUUUCGUGCAGCGCCCCCAUAACCGGUGGCGUGUUAGAGGGAAGUAACGGUGAAAGUAGCGCCAACGAUAGGCGAUACGCGCCUGAUUCAAGAACGCAACGGACGACGCAAUCGGCACGUUCGAGCAUUAUAUAUGAACCAGCGACGAGCUACGUCGGAAGUGGAAUCGGCAGCGAUCUUAUAAGUACUCGCACGUCGUCGUGCAGCAGCAUAAAUUCCGACGACGAGUUCUCGAAAUUGAAGACGGAAAGGGAGAAAAAGAGGCGGGAGAAAAUUGUACGGAGACUGGCCAGAAGCACGAGCGGGCAUAAUAAUUUGAUCGACGAACACUCGAGGAGCUUCCUGGACGAGCAUCUUCUGUUGACUGAUAUGGCGAAUACGUCGCGUUUGUCCAUGAUGCGAGGAGAGAGCGAGGACACGGGCACGAACGAAAACGUCUAGCAGGAUCACGAAUGGUACAUCAUUGAAGUUUAGUCUCAACUCUCAGGCGAAAGACGGAAGGAAAGAACGAUGUGCGAAGUGUUUCUACGAUAUUUAUAAAACGAGAAGACUACCGAUCAAUCGUGAGAUCGAAGAAAAGUACUUAAGCGAAUUAUUUUGAUAUACCGUUUUUAUUUCCGUCGAGAUUGAUUCGCAGGCUCUGUAAGGUAUUAGUUUAUACACGAAUUUUUUUUACUAGAACGAUAUUCGUGAAGAAACAGAGUGACGAACGUCCUACAAGUUUAAUCAUACAAUUUGUGAUUGAGAAAGAGUGAAACUGUGUAGAAUUAAUUAGGUGAAAUUUAUAAGCAUUUUUCAUUGUAAAAGAGAGAAAGGAAAAAUUGCAACAAUGUUUUACGUAUACGUAAAACAAGAAGUGUAUCUUGUUCUCCAUUUUGAAAGCAAAACUUUUCUAUCCUAUGUAAUUUCUAAAUGUUUAUAAUUUAUAUUAAUAUAUUUAGAAAUAUAUAUAGAAUGGACAAGAUACGUUACAAUAUGGACAGAGAUAUUUGAUAAAAAGAUACUCAAAUAUCGUUAUUAAACAUCCAAAGAUUACAUAUAUAAGUGGAAACAUCGAAAAUUAUUGUUGCUAUAUUUAAACGAUCAAUUUACUAUAUAUAUAUAAAUAUGUAUAUAUAUAUAUAUAUACCGGUAUACCUCUCACUUCAAAUUCUACGUAUUGUAAAGUGACAAGAAUUAUAAGAUCAUUGUUAUCAAAUAUUGCCUUAUAUAAUAGUUUUCUACAUUUGCGUUUUUACAAAUGAAUCAUAGCUGCCUAAUAUUUUGAAGAAGAAGAAAAAAAGAAGGCUUAUACGUGUAGAUUAAUUCUUAUUUUAAUUAAUCACUUAACUCUUAUUUUUUUUACAUAUUAAGUAGUUGUUAAUAUAAAAAGAUUGAAAAGAUUUCAAGCAAUAAUUCAAAUUAACUUAAAUUUUUCUUUCAAAUAUUGAUGAUAGAUCAUUUGCACAAGAGAUUUUUUCAAUGAAAUAUAUAUAUAAAAAAAAAAGUGUUCAGUAUGAAUUAAAAUCUUUAUAGGAUUUCAAUUGUUACAAAAUAUUGAAGUGCCUGUCUUGUGCCUAAUCUCGUUCAAUCAAAAGAUAGUAUUCACUUGACAAAUUGUUUGUUGUUAAUUUUAAGUUUCUCGGUUGCUUCGAAUAAUAUUGUGAUCAUAUUGUCAUGCUCAAAAUAAAUAUUUUUACAGUGUACAGAUACAGUAAUGCGCUCGAGCACGCACAUUCCAGGAAACACGAAUAAAUUUAGACAAAGUCGAUGAAACGAUCGCACGUUGAUAAAAUUAAGUUGAUAUUUUUCUUACGUUUAUAACUUGUAUUUAUAAUAUCGCACAUAAUUUUCGACUAAUUACUAGAUAUACGUGUAAAGAAUAGGAGAGAUUUGAACGAAAGUUCGAAACGACGAUAAAUAGGAGAUCGAUAAAUUUGUAGAGGAAUUAGCAAAAUAUUAACAAAUAUAAAAUUCUGUAUAUCAUCCGUAUAUCGUGUAUAUAAAGAGUGUACAGAAAGAUGCUUAUGUAGCAUUAUUUAACAUUCGGUACUGCCUAUAUAUAUAUAUAUAUAGCUUACGUUAGACAAUGCAUCUUUUAUUUUGGAAUUACAUUCCAGGACGCGAAUAAAACCGAUGAUGCUCAUCGUUGAACAGUAUUACGAUGUACUAGAAAUAAUAUCCUCUUGGAUUGUCAUACAAAAUUUUUCUGAAAUAAACAAAUAUAUAUUACGAA